AUGUCGUCAAAUAAUAAUAAUCGUAUAACUAGUUAUUUUGGAAGUGUUCAGAAAAAAUGUAAAUUACAAUCUAAUGAAGAUGGUACAAAAGAGUCAGAAACCAUUGCAAUCUCAAAUCCAACAAAUACGAAUUGUUUUGAUACAAGUGAGUUAAUUAAUCCAAUAGAAAUUGAAAAACUUCAUGAUAUUGAAUUAGAUAUUGGAAAUUUCAUAACUCAAACUAACGCCAUAAAUGAUUAUUCGAAAUCAGUCAUCCUUCAACGAAGUAAUGUUCCUAGUAAUGAUUUUCAAUAUCCAUUUUCAAUUCAUACUAAAAAAGGUAAAUCGGAAAAACGAUUUUUAAGAAAAAAUCACUUUGAAAAGUUUCCAUACAUUGAAUUUUCAAAAAUUAAGUCUGGUUUAUUUUGUAAGGUUUGUGUUUUGUUUUCAACUUCAAACAAAGGGGGUAUGCAUAAAACAGAGCAAUUAAAAAGCUUGGUUACUGAACCAGUAAUUAAAUUUGCAAAGCUAUUAGGAAAAGAUGGUAUUUUAGAAUUACACAAUAAUAAUGGUUAUCAUAAAGAUAAUAUACAACGAGCAAAUUACUUUUUGAAUACCUACAAUCAUCCUGAAAAAGAAGUUAUCAAUUUAGUAAAUGAUCAACACCAGCAAAAUAUACCGUUGCGUGGUCAUCGUGAUGAUGGUUUUAUUUAUCAAGAUGGGGGAAAAGUUGAUUCUGUCAUUAAUCAAGGAAACUUUAAAGAACUUCUUAAGUUUCGAAUUGAUGCUGGUGACCAUUUACUUAAAAAUCAUUUGAAAACUACUAGUGAAAGAGCUACUUACAUAAGUAAACUAACGCAAAAUGAAAUAAUCGAAUGUUGCAAACUAGAAAUAUUACAUUUAAUACUUUUAGAAGUAAAAGAAGCAAAAUAUUUUAGUAUUCUAUUUGAUGAGACCACAGACUUAUCUAACAUUUCUCAAAUGUGUUUAAUUAUUCGGUAUAUUUUACAUGGAAAAUCGUAUGAAAGAUUUUUAACAUUUAUCGAUUGUCAUAGCUAUGUUUAUAAUAAACGAAAACACCAACAAUUAGAUGUUCAUUUGGAAGACAACGAUGAACCUCAAGAAAUAUUAAAUAGUAAAUUGGAACCUAAAUUAACUGGAGAACUUUUGGGAAAUACAGUCGUAAAAUUAUUGCAAGAAUUAGAAUUAGAUUUAAAUUACUGUGUAGGCAUUGGGACCGAUGGCUGUUCCGUUAUGAUAUCUGCAGUCCGCGGCGCUGUCCAACAAAUUAGAAAAAUUGCUAAAAAUGCAAUACAUAGUCCUUGCUCAAAUCACGCCUUAAAUUUAAGUAUUUCAAAAUCGUCUACUGUACAAUCAAUCCGCAACUGUGUUGGAGAAUCAAUAAUUGAAAUUAUUGACACUUUAACCGAAAUAUCUGGAUGGCAGGAUAAUAUUUCUUCUUCGAAAGCUAAAAUGAUGAUAUCUGCUAUUUGUAAUUGUGAAUUUAUAUUUUCUCUUUUUUCAUUAUCAAAUUUACUACUAGCUGUUACUUUUCCGAUAAGUAAAAUUUUACAAGGCAAAGAUCAAGAUAUUGUUGCUGCAUCUGAAUGUAUCAAAGAUGUAUACUUAAUACUUGGACAAAAUCGUGAAAAAUGUGAAGAAAAAUUUCAAUCUAUGUUUAAGGAGUGUGAAUUAAUUCUAAACAAACUUGAUGUUGAUAUUAAAUUGCCCAGGAUUAUAGCACAUCAAAAACAUAGAGUUAAUGCUACAUCAUAA